AUGGAAGCUAAUUGCGAGUGUCAAUAUACAUUGAUGGUAACCAAUGAAAUAAUGCAAGGACAGUUCCCUGAAACGAAAGAUAAUUUUAAUCAUGUGCCCAGUAUUCACGAGGUGGACGAAGAAGAAACUGACGAAGAGUAUGUUUGCGAUCAAGAUUCCACCAUCCUAAACGAGGUGCAAGAAGUUACUGACAUAAGAGAUGCAAUAGAUAAUAACUCAUUAUAUAGUAACGAGUCAUUUUGUUCUGAUGAAUCCUGCGAUGAAUCUGAAGGAACUAAUACUACACCAAGAACUUUGAACGAGUCUCAUUAUACACCUCAAGUUACUUAUUAUGAAUACAAGAAGGAAGAUAAUGAAGAAAAGUGUGAAAGUGUGAUACAAGACAAUGGUAAUACAAAUUCAGCUCGUUGCAAAAGUUCACUGUCUGUAGAUAAGUCUAUAAUACUCAAGACAAUAAGAAGCAGAAGGAAGAAUAUGAGUUUUACAGAUGAAGAACUUAGGAAGAUUGAAUGGGAGAAUCAGCUUCUUCUGAGAAAGAUAAUGGCUCAGCAAAAACCAAAGGAGAAAGUACUUCAUGAAAAUAUACCACAACAAAGAGCAAGCAGUUCUGCAAUCAAUAGGAAGAAGUUACAGAAGAAAAUUGAAAGUGAAAAUAUAUUGCUUCUCCAAAGGCUACAACAAACUAAAUCACGUGUUAUGAACAUCGCAACAAAACCUGGAUGCAGGCAGACAAUUCUGUAA